CUGCACAGAGCCCCGUGAGUCACUGGCUGGCGGCAAGGUGCGGCUCUCCCACUUGUAAGCGCCAGUGCCCGUCCCGGAGCUCACUUGGAAGGAGGACGAUUACAGGAGCGAAGCCGCCUCACCCGCCAGUGCAACAUGUUCAAGUGCGGUAUCGCCUAUCCCAGGUGCAAAUGGAUCCUGCCGCUGCUCCUGCUCUGCGCCAUCAUCUUCGAUAUCAUCGCUCUGGCCGGGAAGGGCUGGGUGGAGACCGAGUCCGGCAGGGAGUACGCGUCUCUGUGGGAGCACUGCACCAGCAAUAGCUGCAGGUCUCUCAUGGACUUUGCCUGGGGUAAAGCAACUGCUGCACUAAUGAUCAUUGGCAUCAUCAUCCUCAUCGUUUGCUUCAUUCUCUCCUUUGUUGGACUGUGUAUACCACGCAUCUCUCUGCUCAGAGUAAUCGGAGCACUUCUGUUUUUGGCUGUUAUCCUGCAGGUGUGCGCUCUGGUCAUUUACCCCGUGAGAUUCACUAGUGAUGUGGCGCUGAAUGUGGAGAACUACCUAUACAGCUGGACCUACGGCUUUGGAUGGGGCAGUACAAUCAUCAUGUUUGGCUGUGGAAUCUUCUUCUGCUGUCUGCCCAAUUUUGAGGAUGAACUACUGGGGAACGUCAAGACCAAAUACUUCUAUACAUCCUCCUAAAUUUAAGACUGCUAUUUUGUAUCUCUCGACCUUUGGAAAGUGACUGUCCUAUUUUGAGUGAUCCCAGUCUAUCGGGUUUAUAAAUUCCAUUUGCUAACUAAUUUGUACGUUUGACCAGGCAAAAAUGCUAUUGGUGCAAUUAGAUAUAUAUAUUUUUUCUACAACUAAUAUUUGUACUUGACUAGAAUAUCCUAUUGCUUUUUCUUGUUGCAGUUCUGAUCUGAUACGUAGUUUACAUUGCUAUUUGCUUUUAGUAGCUCAUUCAGCUGAUGGCUGUUCUUCCUGACUCCCCCAUAUAGAUGCACGCUCUGCUUUGCUAAUUGUGCAUAUGGCCUCCAUGAAAAGAGGGAAGCAAGCAGCUGACAGACACCUGGCUGCAGCUUAUUCUGCUUGAGGAAAAAAGGAUCAGGCGUGUUGAAAAUGUCCAUGCCCGAUCCCCAAUCUAGACACAAGGGUUGUGUUGUGUCUAGAUUGCAGCCACUUAUUGGUACGGAUGAGAUCACAUGACUUCCUGGUCCUCUGUGGUCUGUUCAUAGAUCUUUAUGUUCGUGGACAUAUUAAGGGCUCAUGCACACAGCUGUAGUUUUGGUCCACAUCGGAUGCAGACCCAUUCAUCUCUGUGUGCUCUCCGCAUCCGUAGGUCCGUUUCG